CGCCCAUCGACUCUCCUUCUCUUUCUUGUUUCUCAUUCCUUUGCUUGCAUCUCUAACCCUCCCUUCUGUAGUCUGUUGCCGAAGCUCUUAUCGCCAUGGCCGACUCCAACGAAUCCCAGCCGGUCGCACCGGUCCCACGCUCCACCAAGCCCGUCAGCGAGGCCCUGCUGAACGAAAAGUGGGAUCGCGCCAUCUCCUCCCUCAUUAUCCGCUCUUCCCUCGGUCUCUCCUUCGGUGUUGUCUUCUCCGUGCUCCUCUUCAAGCGGAGAGCUUGGCCCGCGUGGGUUGGUCUCGGCUUCGGUGCCGGACGUGCUUGGGAGGAAGCUGACGCCUCCUUCCGUCGGGGCGACUCUCCGGUCAGAGAUGCCCUGCGUAGGUAGAGCAGCUCGGCCUCCAUUUCUGUAUGAUACCUGUAUAGCUGGGAAGGAAAAUGAGCUGCAUCAAGAACAUCUUUCGUCGUGUUUGAAAUGGUCUCUCUAGACUUUUUCCUACUUUAGCAUCCAAUUCAUCGUUAUGCUACCACUCUUAAA